AUGGCGACGCAAUCCCCCAUCCCCGCCAUUAUUCGGCACCCAUUUGUCGAGACCUUUACCUGGCUCUAUCUGAUUCUCCAGGCAGUUCUUCGAUACAUUUUCUCCCCCGUUCCCCCUCCUCCAAUAAAAGGCAAUGAAACAGACGCGCCCAGAAAGAAGGUGGCUGUCAUUGGAGCUGGCGUGACAGGAAUCUCCUCGGCGGCCCAUUGUGUUGGCCAUGGCCUUGAUGUGCAGAUCUUCGAGUCUAGACCUCAGGACCAGGGUCUGGGUGGAAUCUGGAGUUCUCAGAAUGUUAAUUCGGAACAGAGAGUCAAUUCCACCUCGGCACUUCAGGUACACAGUUUGAUGUACCGGUUCCAUCCCUCCGUUCACUACGACAGUGCCUAUCCAAGUCAGAAGCAGAUCAAAGACCAGAUUGUUCAACUCUGGAAGCGCUAUGACCUCGAGCGACGCACCGUAUUUGAUACUCGUGUCACCUCAGUCAAAAAGACCAAAGAUGGCCAAUGGAUUAUCAACAAUGACGAAGAAAAGUACGGUCGCUUCGAUGGAGUGCUUACUGCCAUUGGUGUUUGCGGAGAUCCAAAAAUGCCAACGCUACCCGAUCAAGAUAAAUUCAAGGGUCAGAUCUUCCACUCCUCCAAACUAGAUGGAAAAGAUGCCAAGGGCAAGAAGAUUGUCAUUGUCGGCAGCGGUGCCAGUGCCAUUGAAGCUCUCGAAUUUGCCGUCAAGUCAGGUGCAAGUGAGAUCGAUGUUCUGUCUCGAUCAGAGAAAUGGAUUAUUCCCCGGAACAUAUUGGUGCAAUCCUUAUUGGCGUUCAACAUCUUCGGGCAGGAGACAUCGCUUUCCUGGAUUCCUGAGUGGCUCCUCCGAAAGUUCUUCUAUCGGGACCUACAAGAUAUUGCCCCCACAGACGAUGGAAUAUUCACACAAACCCCGAUGGCCAAUUCAGAGCUCUUCAACCAAAUUCGAGAAGGCAAAGCGCGCUGGCUGCGUGGUGACAUUGUCUCCCUGGAGGAAGAGGGGAUCCUUUUCAACCACCGUGCGAAGGGGGUUCCGAAAGGUGGCCCUGGAAAGGAAGCUGUUGUUGAAGCUGACAUCAUAGUCAUGGCUACUGGAUUUAAGCGACCUUCUCUGAAUUUCCUGCCUGAUGAAGUCUUCGAAGAGCCCUACGGUCCACCUAACUGGUACCUGCAAGUCUUCCCGCCGAAGUAUCCAGACGUAUGUGCCAACAACAGCACCUAUGUCAAUGCCAUUGGCACCGUCGGGAACAUGCACAUCGGGAUAUACACUCGGUUCCUGAUCAUGUUCUUGACUGAUCCCUUGACUCGCCCUACUGAAGGAAGGAUGAAAACUUGGAUUGACUUCACACGAUUUAUGAAGCGACUGGCACCGACGAAUGCGUUUGACUUCUUUACUUAUUCGGAGUUGAUCUAUUGGUACUUCUUCAUUCUUCUCGUCAAUCCAUUCCGAUGGAAGUGGGCCCUGUUUGUUUUCUUUGGCCUAGGCCGCUCCUUGCCCUUGAUGGUGGUCGAUCAAGAGAAUUCGUUCCGCGAGGAGCUGCUCAAGCAACGGAAGCUGCAUUAA